CGAGAAGGCCUUUGCAGACAUUCGUUUGAGCUUGCCCGAUCGAGAGGGCGGCGAAGUCAUGAGAUCGCCACCCGGGACGAAGCUUAGCUUUCUUGCGCUACCCGUAGGGAAAUUGAAACUCCAGAUCGGGAGUCAUCACACCGACGCAUUAGUAAACGGGGGGGCAGAAAUCACCCUUAUAAGAAGAGAUUUCACAACGAUCACGGGAUGUACGGUAAACAAGGAAGUAACAAGGAGCAUCCGGGGAGCUGGCGGGGAAAUCCCGUUCGCUGGGUACGUCACGAAGUGUGCUGUAAAGGCAGGGGUCAGGGAAUCAAUCUGGUCAUUUCAGCGGAUGACCGUAAUGGAGGAAAUGGAUCACGACAUAAUCAUCGGGAGAACGUGGUGCGCGAACGUAGAGAUGAUAGGCAUGCACUUGCACGAUGGCUCAUACAUGGUAGACAUAGAGGACCCGGUGACCGGCUGGGGAGAGCUCCUCCGACUCCUUGGAACGGGAGGAGACCCCCCGAGAGGGAAAUUUGCAACAUGGUCGCCGUCAUUCGAGGAUAGCACGCGAAAAGGGGCUUUCGCACGGAUGGAGGGUAUGAGAGAAAGUGUAAAAAUCAUGAUUGAGGAAGCGUUCAACAAGAAGGAGUGGAUCAAGAUGGGCCUGCCCCAGAAGAAGAGGAGGCAGGAGGACGAAGUUCUAGGUGUUAUGGUAGCAGAAAAUGAGUCAGAGAUCGAACUUGGUGCUAGCCUGCGCAAACGGAAAGAAAUGCGUGUAGACAUGACGAAAAUCGCACUCGAGAUCCCCGAUCUAUUGCAACUCAUCAAGGCCCUCAGAUACCAUAAGGAACCCGGAUCCGACAAAGACCGACAAGAUAUCACAGUGGCCGAUGCAACUGCGCACGACGACGGAGGGGCCCUAAAGAAUUACAGGCCUAUAGAUCCGAUGGUAGGGAGAUGGGUAGGAUUCAUCUGGCAGUUCGAUUAUAAGAUCGAACGGAUUGCUGGAAUCCGCAACAAGGCAGAUGGGUCGAGUCGGGUUUGCAUCACUCCCGAAAGGAUGGAGGAUGGAGAGCCCAUAGACGCCUUCCUCGAAUACGAAGGAGGAACUUUUGCGGUGGAUAACGAAAUGAUGAGCGGAGAAUGCGCAUCAGGAGAAAUAUUGAUCCAGACUUUGGAGAAAGGGGCACUUGCCGUAGUAGCAGAACUUAGAGAAGGACCAGUUACCACACGAGGACGCAGAGAAGAAAAAGACUCAUGGGGAGCGAUAGUAGGACCGAAAGAGGAACUGAUAGCAAUGGCGGUCGAAGGAGGCCGGGAAGCAGUGAUGAGCUUAGUGGAAUCUUGGGAAAGGAAAAAGUUGCAAUGGGUAGUAAGUCGGAUGCAGGAAGGAAAGGAUAGGGACAAGGAAGGAGAGGAGUUUUUCUAUGUCCAAUCAUACGAAGGGCUCUUUCGGGAGAUCGGGUUGUUGUUGGUAGGAAACAAACAACCUACGGAAGUCAAUAUUAAGGCAAGAGAAGAAGCCGAAAGGUAUAUCCUAGAUGCGCAAGACAACUUGAGUGGGUUCGUGGAGGCAGUCGCCCUCAAGAAAAAGACAGGAGGGAGUGUGGCGGACUGGAUAGAAGACUUCUACUUAAGGCACUCGUUCGUCAGGAGGUUUAUAGCAGACAAUGGGACGAAAUUUGUGAACCAGGAAGUAUUGAGGAUGCUUAAGAGACUCUGCGUACCGAUCAGACUCAUCGAGCCGUAUGACCAUGAGGUCAAUGCACCGGUGGAAAGGGGGCACCGAACUUUGAAGAACACGAUUGCAAAGCUCGCAGCAGACCAUCUGGGGAACUGGCCUAAGUAUCUUAAGCAGGCAGUCUUUGCAGAGAAUAUGACUCCUAAAAGGUCAACAGGACGUAUCCCGGCAGAGCUUUGGUACGAAAGAGAGAUCGACUUUCCUGUGGAAGCCUUGGUACCUACCGGGAAUAGGUUAGAUGAUGAUCCGCAAAUGACCACUGAAGAGUUAAUCGAGGCAAGAUGUCAACAGAUCCUUAAGAAUGAGGAGGUCAUGGAAGACAUCGCCAGCCGAGUGUUGGACAGCAGAAUGAGGGACAAAGCAAGAUGGGACCAGGUUAAGAAUGUGAGAAAGGAGCCACUUCAGGUAGGGGAGAUGGUACUGCUACGGAACUCGGCACUAGAAAGUACAUGGUCGGGACAGUUGGGAAGGAGGUUCAAAGGCCCCUACCGGGUCGACAAGCGGGUGGGACUGAACACCUUCGAACUGGAAGACUUGGAUGAAACUGGAUUGAAAGGGCCCUUCCCAGGGCAACGACUGGUCAAAUUUCUAAGUCUGGACCCAAUGGAACAAUGGCUUCAGGAAGCCGAAGAUAAGGAAACAGAGGAGCCACAAGCUAAAGACUAACCACAGCCUUGCCCACACUAUGGUUUGUCUCUGACCAUGUUCAUGAGACUGUCAUGUUUUUGGGACUGGUGCUUUGGCUUGGACUGACUGAGGUUGAAAGGAAGCAUGACUUGGGGGUUUGCAAUAUCGGGCUUGUGUGACAACGGGAAGGGAUGUUUGGGUCAUUGUACCAUAGUUUUUUACGGGAAAAAUAUGGGGUCAUCACAAACGAUGCAUUCGCAUGUAUAAAAAGGGCGUGAUGCGAGGGAUACUGGGUGCAUUUUGGGAAUAUCUACCGGCCUAAGGGGGGGGGAGGCGUAAGUGUAUCAGGGACAUUGCGGGUGUUGUUUUGUUAUACAGGGCUUAGGAGUAAAACGAGAAAAGACAAAAAUGAAAUUCAGCAACGAGA